AUGAUGAGGAACGAAUUUUUAGUCAACACCAUUUACAACCAUGGGAAUUUGAAAAAGGUACUGGGGUUGUUAAAAAGCCUAAGUAAGAGCAAGAAGCUGGAUUUGAUAUGCCAGGUGUGUGAAAAUUUAAACAUAGAAGAAGAUAAGGAAACGUUACGAAUAUUUCUGAACGAGUUGAGUCAUAUUAGCAAUGACGAAAGUGUCAGUAGUAAGCUUAGUGAGAAGAAAAGGGGUGGUGGUGGUGCUGCUGCUGCUGAUGGCAAGCAGAAUAAUGUCAACCACAUGAGCAUUGGAAAACACAUGGGAAUUGUAAAUAGAUGUAACAACAACCUUCUGACGGAUAGCAGUAACAACUUGUAUGAAGAAGGGAAGGACCUGAGUGGUUCCUUCUCCAAUAGUUCUGAAGAAAUUAACGAAUUUGAUAUAGACAUGAAUACAGCUACUAAUGAGAAAAACAAAGCUACAAGAAUUUAUGUCGAUGGAAUUUUUGACUUGUCCCAUUCUGGUCAUUUUAAUGCCAUGAGACAAGCGAAGGAAUUAGGUGACGUGGUCGUUGUUGGAAUAAAUUCGGAUGAGGAUGCCCUAAACUCCAAGGGAGUUAUGCCUAUAUAUACGCAAGAAGAAAGGGGGGCAUUAAUAGCCGGGUGUAAGUGGGUUGAUGAAGUUAUUAUAGGUACCAAAUAUAAUGUCAGUAUGGAACUGUUGGGAAAAUACAACUGUGAUUACGCUGCCCAUGGUAGUGACAUUGCAUAUGACCGAAAUGGUAAUUGUUGCUAUGAGGAGGUUAGAAAAAAUAAUAGGUUAAAAAUAUUUGAGCGAAGUUAUGGGAUUUCCACCACUACCAUAAUUAACCAUUUGUUGCAGGCGGUGAGCAGCUCCAAUAAGAGCCUGUCCGAUGGGGACGCACCGAUUGGCGUGGUGGGAAGCACCGUGGUAAGUAAUAUAGCUAGCAAUAGGGCCAGCAGUAUGGUCAACAGUAUAGCCAGCGGCAUGACCAACAGUAUGAAGGCUGCAGGUAGAAAUGCGUUCAACCUGAACCCCAACAACAAGGAGGACGACAAAGCGUCGCCCCCGUACAGUAAUGGAAAAUUCCUAAACGGCACAGGUGAAAAAAGUAACUUGAGCAAAAUAUCUAAAAUGAAUUCGAAAGAAUUCGAAGACGAAUCCACCGUCACGGAAGCAACCACCGUGGAGGACAACAAAUUUAAACCAUUCGAGUCCAUGUCCAGUUUAAAACACGCCCUAAGCAAAAAUAAAUGUUACGUAACAGCAUCUCAGUUGUAUCAAUUCAUGGGAAGCCAUGAAAAAAAAGGCAAAAAAAAAGUAGUAUACGUAGAUGGUUCGUUCGAUAUUUUUCACAUUGGUCAUUUAAAAAUAUUAGAAAAUGCCAAAAAGUUAGGCGACUACUUAAUAGUAGGCAUGCACUCCGACGAGGUCGUUCGUAGGAUGAAAGGGAAGCACUUCCCCGUUGUGUCCCUCCUGGAGAGGACUUUAAAUGUGCUAGCCAUGAAGGUUGUGGACGACGUAGUUAUAGGAGCCCCAUGGCUCAUCAGUGAGAGCUUCAUUAAGCGCUUCCAGAUUGACGUUGUGGUGAGGGGCACCGUUGUUGAUUAUUUUUACUCGAGCAACGAGCUGGAUCCGUAUGCCGUUCCGAAGAAGUUGAACAUUUACCAGGAGCUCUCCUCGGAAUCGGGCAUCACCACCUUCGAAAUUAUUGAGCGAAUCGAGAAAAACAAAAAUUGCCUGAUGAGUACCAUAUCGAAGAGAAAGAAGAAGGAAGAUAACAUCUGGAAGGUCAACAAUACGUACGUUUUGAAUUAA